UGAUCUGAAAGCUGCAGGGUGAACAGACACAGCAGGAUCAGUUAUAUUUUCUUUGCACUGUAAGGAGUCCACAAUUACUCUGUAGUCCAGGAAGUAGAUGGUCCUAGAGGUUCCCUCUUCAGAAGCAGUGCAUUCUCAGUGCAGCUGUCAGGGAUCUUCCACCUGUGCCUUUAGGGCUGGCGGUGAAUGCAUCCUUAAUCCGGUAUGUGCCACUACCUCUAGGCUAUAGUUGUUCUCUGAACUCCUGCAUCACCAUCAAAGUCUUCACCUCAUUUCUUGAAUUUGUGGAAAGGAGAUCUGCAGAGCAUUACAUAAUGGGACUCACAUUUAGUGGAGGAUUUCGAGUAUUUAUUUUGUUGCUGUGGUCGGGAUUAAGCACUGCCAUGAUAACAAUAGGUGUUAUGUACAAGGAUAAAUGUCUGCUACAACCUGUGGUUCCAUUUUACUUAAUGGUGGCAGGAGCGAGUUACUUAAUGGUCAUCCUACUGGUGUCAUUGAAGUGUUUGUCCCAUCAGUUAUUUGCAGUACUGAAAGUGUUUCUAUUAGUAUUUAUUCUGUGUUGGUUAAUCGCUGGCAGUGUAUGGAUAUUUCCCAUUUAUUUUAUGUUUUCUGUCCUAUGCAAUAGUGUCCUCUACCAGUUUGCAUUUGGUGUUCUGGUUUUCCAAUAUAUAUCUAUUGUUAUAAUCUUUGUUACAUUGGUGUUUGCCAUCUACUUUACCGGACUGAAGAGACUUGUUGAAUCUUUUUCCAUUUAAGCACAUUACAACAGGCGAAACUAGAAUGUCUGGCAUCUCACCCAGUUACAGAAAGAAUGUUGAAUGGAGGCUUACAUAUGAUCUGUAAUAAAUAAUUUUUCAUUGUAUUGC